AAGAACUGUCUCAUUUUCAUGGAAAAAGAAAGAUGAUUGUGUUGUAUGGUGAUGGUCAUAAUUAGAUCCUGGUUUUCUAAUAUCCUAGUCAUUGGGAAACUGGGUUUGCUCCAGUUCUGUUUUUCGUCCUUUUACUGGAAGGUUGAAGCACAUACUAAUGAAAUAUCUGUUCUUUAACUCAAUAUGGUGAACAAAAAAUCUCUACUUUUUUCUUUGAUGAGUGAUUUAUGUAGAAUUAAGCCAAUAAUAACAUCUUGACUCUAUAUCUUUAACAAGUGAGUUGGUCUUCUUUUUCCUCCUAUGAUAGAGAACUUUAUCGAGAAUACUUUUGUGAAAAUUCAGUAAACAGAUGGUUUCUAAUCAGCGAAUUAAUCUCAACUAGGAGCUUGGGUAGUUGGAUUGUUCGCACUACUAAAUACUAUUUACCUGUCUAGCAUCAAGCAUUCUAUUGGAUUAGUAACCAGAUUUUCUAAAGAGAAUGUCUGUUAUUGGAAGAAGGUUAUAUCUGAGUCAAUGAAAUAUGUGAAAUGAAAUUCUAGAACAGUAGACUCUUGAAACUUAAGCAUGUGUACCGAUUACAAGGAGUUCCAGUUGGAAUUGGAACCCAAACACGAUAGGGCUCGCAAUUCAUCUAGCUAUUCCUGCACAUAAUUAUUCUGCGUCCGAUGGUGGGUUAGCUUGAUGUUGAUUCUUUGACCUUUUUUUGGUUAAACUCCAGACUGUAUCUGAUAUGUUAAUAUCUAUAUCACUUAUAUGUAAAUCUCUAAAAUUCCUAUGAGGCAAUUACCGUUUGUGGCUUUACAGAGUUAUGUCUUGCCUCCAGUCUCUUGGUACUGUCCACCGACUCCCUUGGAUUCGUAAAUGGUACUUGCUUCGUGAAGAAUGAAUCAAUUUUAGAAUUUGUACGGACUUCAUUACGGAAAUGCCACGCGGAGAACGUCAAUCAGUUGGUUGUGGCCGGCAGACGUGCUUGCCGCCUUUUUCUCGGACAACUUCCAUUAAAGCCAUGUUGGCCUUCUGAUGUUUUCUCCUACCGGUCGAUUGACCAGCUAUGCUCACAAGGGAAGGAUUGAGGAUAUCUUUCUUCGUUAUAUUGACCAACCUGAUGAUUUCAAAGGACCUGUUGACAAUGAAGAGUUCUUGUACCAAAGCCUGAAGCAUUUGAAAUAUGAAGGAGAAAUGUUGGAUAAAAUAGGAAGCAUGGAGGCUCUGGAGAGAAAACUUCGUGAUCUCAAUCGGCAAAAAUAUGAAGUGCAGGACAAGCUGAGAUCUUAUAAUCCAGAUAUGACAAAGAUCCUCUCGAUUCCUGAAGCUCAUCUCCACCAGCAAUUUGUUAUGGAUGCAAUUCGACGAAUAGAAAAGUUGAAAAAGGCAAAGCUGCUUGACAAAGAGAUUUCACCUUCAAAGCUCAACAGUGUUGAGAUACCUAUAAUUGAGGUGAAGGACUCAGAUUUGACAACUGAAGAAUCCGUAAAUUCUAAAAGAAACAGGGAUCAAUCAGCUGAUGAUCAGAAAGAGGAAACUCAGCUACCCACAGGACCGCAUCUAAGCAUUAGCUACCUCAAAACCCAGAAGAAUUGGAACCUUCAAAAUGCAGAGGACGUUACAUCAAGUGAAGGUCACAUGUGUUAGAGGUGUAAGUUGUCAAUGAGAAGCACGGAAGUGUUGUGGACUGGAUACAGACUUCAAUAGAUCUAGCAGCUUGUAUGGUUUUCAUAAAAGCAAUUCAUGCUGUCAGCAUCUUGUGCUUCGCCAAGCAGUUGUUACCAUCCUCUGAUGUGGUGAGGUCUAAGGUUUAAAAUUCCCUUUCUCCUUCCUUAAGACUUGUUGAAAUGUACAAAAAAUAAACAGGAUGUUGGUUCUAGGGUUUGCCAGUAGCUCUAGCAAUCGUGUGAUGUAAUGCUUGUCUGAAGUCUGAAAGUUUGAAAAUGCCUAGUUUUGUGGUUACUAUGAAUAUGGUUUGCUAUACAUUGUCUGUUACAAUAGCAAGCAAUUGCCAGUCUGUCGAAAGAUAACAUUAAUUGUUCUAUUAGGCCGUUUUCCAAAGAUGGCUUUGGUCCAGUCCCACCCAAAUGUUGGUCGUGCUGGCUCGCCUCAGCUAACAUUAAUUUCAUUUUUGUUAUCAUUAAUUGAAAUAUGCUAAAACAUGCAAGUUAUGUGUUGAA